GUUUAGAAGGCCCUUUUCCCCCGUACGAAGCUUUAUUCGUAUUAAUUCGUACAGUCUACAAAUAUAAUCCCACGCGAUCAACAGAAAAUGGCGUCAUCCUCUAAUCUACUACACCUCUCAAUUCAACUGCACCGCCGCCAUUAUCAGUCUCACCCAAGCUUCUCUUCCUCUCUUCCAAGAACAUCCUCUUCCUCUCUCCUUCCCAUAAAAUGCCAAUGUUCUCGUACUGUAGGGUUUCCGAUUGUCAAAUUUGGGAGCUUCCGUAACGUGGUGGUUAAAUGUGUACCAAACGACUCUUCUGAUGCUUUUCAACCGGAAUCCAUUGUUAUUUCUGAGGAGGUUGAGAAAACAGAGGGUCUUUAUGAUAUAUUGAGCAAAGCAAAUUCAUUUUUGCCUCAUAUAGUCCUUGCAAGCACGCUGCUGGCUCUUGCAUACCCUCCUUCUUUCACAUGGUUUACCAACAGGUAUUAUGCACCAGCAUUGGGCUUUUUGAUGUUUGCAGUUGGACUGAAUUCUAGUGAGAAAGAUUUCCUCGAAGCAUUUAAAAGACCAGCUAUAAUUUGUGCUGGUUACAUUGGGCAAUUUGUAGUGAAGCCUCUGCUUGGAUUAAUUUUUGGCACAAUUGCAGUAACAGUUUUUGGUCUCCCAACUCCUGCUGGUGCUGGGAUCAUGUUAACAUCUUGUGUCAGUGGUGCCCAACUCUCGAAUUAUGCGACUUUCUUAACAGACCCAGCAAUGGCCCCGUUAAGUAUCGUGAUGACUUCGUUGUCUACAGCCUCUGCAACUUUUGUGACACCUCUUCUUUCACUGCUUCUCAUUGGAAAGAGAUUACCUGUUGAUGUUAAAGGAAUGAUGACUAGUAUUAUGCAGAUUGUAGUAGUACCUAUUGCCACUGGAUUGCUUCUUAACAGGCUGUUUCCAAAAUUCUGCAAGGCAAUACGACCCUUUCUACCUCCACUAUCAGUUUUUGUAACGUCUCUUUGUGUUGGUGCACCUCUUGCUAUUAAUAUAAAAGCUGUUAUGUCCUCUUUUGGAGUGACCAUCUUAUUCCUUGUAAUCAUGUUUCACCUAUCUGCGUUUAUUGCUGGUUACAUGAUGUCUGGCUUCGUAUUUCAUGAUGCAGUUGAUGCGAAAGCUCUCCAAAGAACACUUUCCUUUGAGACUGGCAUGCAAAGCAGUCUUCUUGGACUGGCACUAGCUAAUCGGUUUUUUGAGGAUCCUGUUGUGGCAGUACCUCCCGCUAUUUCUACAGUUAUAAUGUCUUUAAUGGGGUUCGCUCUUGUUAUGUUGUGGGCUAAGAAGAAGGAAUAACAGUUUUAUGAUAUUGUUCCAUUAUAUUUUUGUUGAAUAACUCUGCAUUUUGUAGCGGCGGACGGAAAUGAAGAUUGUGGUCACUAAAACAGCAAUUACAGUUAAGCUGGAACAAAGGUUUUGUUAACCAGAUGUCUGAAAUAUUGAGCUGGAUAUACCUUAAGUAGGUUUAGGGAAUAGGGAGUGUGAUAAGCAAAGUAAAACCACACAUCAUAUAUCAAUAUUAGAGGCGCAUGAAGAAAGCAAUCAAUGGAAACUUAAGAAUGAGAAUAUAACAAAAUCCAGAAAAGAGUAUUAUUGUAACUUUUUCUGCAAUUGUUUCUACUUUCAUUUUGUUCUCAUUUUUUAGUUUCAUAAUCUUCUCAUCUUUACAAAUGGUAAUCCAUUACAUUUGGUACCGAGCUUAAACAGUCUCCAAUGACCGGUACAGUUCCAAAUUUUGAGGACUUGCGGAGAUUGGAUGUUGACACUUUUGAUGAAUGUUUCCAAAUUGACAAAACCGAACAUUUUUUAAUAUUGGUUAUAAAGUUGGUACUGUUAGCUAUGAAAA